UCCAGCAACCAUUCCUUAUAUGUUUUAGCCUCCAGUCCCGAUCAUAGGUUGCCAACUAUAAUUUAGUUCAAUGUGUUGUGUAGUUAGUCUAAGGAACAUUGGGUCAUAUAUAUCCAAAUCUUGAUUCAGUUAAUUAUAGUCAAUCUCUUGGAGAAAUAUAUCCAUUUUUUCUGGGAAAAUCCUACAGAAUUAAGGUUUUGGUUCAUUUAAAGCAAGAUUCAGCAACUUGAGUCCUUAGGGUUACAUGGAGGCCUACAAAUAAUUCCUUUCUUGUAGCCCACAAGCCUCUAUUGACCAGAGUUGCCAGAAAUUGGAGUUAAGAUUUUUGAGGUGGGAAAAAGAAAAAAAAUACUAUCUAAGUAUCAUCUUAAUUGUCAAUAAAGCAAAGAAACAGCACUAAGCUCUUGGUAUUACCUAUUGUAUAACUUAGACUUUUACAACAUUAAAUGCAACUCUUGGCCAUCAAAAUAUUGCCUACUUGCUUAAGGGAUCCACAAGACUUACUGAAGUAGCACACAGGUGAUUUUGAUGCUCCAAUUUUAAUGAAAGAACACUUGAUUCUCUUCUCAGAUAAAGAGGUCCAUACUUCAUUCAGCUGCCUGGAGUUAUUCAGGCUUAAAGGCUUUAAGGUAGAAAGAUAAUGGCUGCAGUUGACUUUCUUUUAGAAUAGCAAUUUUUAACUUCUCUCUACUCUAAAAGGCUUUUAACUCAUUAACUGAACAAGAAACAAAGCAGGAUUGGAUUUUUGUUAAUUUACUCAGUACUAUUAGAAGCCAUCCAUGGAUGGGGAAUUCUCAUUGGAAAGCUACCUAGAUGAGUGUUCAAGCCAGGAUGAUCUUCCAUCAAAUAGCCCUCAAAUGUAUUCUCCCAUGAGUCCCUUUGGGUCAGAUUUGCCUAUUUCUGCCAUUCCGGGCACAUUGUUUACUCCUCAGCCUGACCAAGACAAAGACUUCUCUUCGGUAGAUCUCAGCUUCCUGCCAGAUGAUUUUGGACAAGAUGGCAAACAUGGCAACAACAACAACAUGCUGGAAGAGUAUCAAAGCCCCCAGCUCGGAAUACAAGACAGUGGAAUCUUCUCGGAAGACAGUGGGGGGUCCCAACAGAGGGAUGAAAAUGCAAUUCAGCCAUUGCCUGAUUUAUCUGGGACGUGUCCCUCCAUGGCCCCCAUGACUCCUGUGACCCCUACUUCAGAAGCUUCUGGCAUUAUCCCACAGUUACAGAACAUAGUAGCCACUGUAAAUUUGGCUUGCAAAUUGGACCUAAAGAAUAUAGCUCUUCAAGCCAGAAAUGCAGAAUAUAAUCCAAAGAGAUUUGCUGCUGUAAUUAUGAGAAUUAGAGAACCAAGAACAACUGCCCUUAUAUUUAGUUCUGGUAAAAUGGUGUGCACAGGAGCCAAAAGUGAAGAGCAGUCACGACUGGCAGCCCGAAAAUAUGCUCGCGUGGUACAGAAACUCGGAUUUCCUGCAAAAUUCCUGGAUUUCAAAAUACAGAACAUGGUGGGCAGUUGUGAUGUGAGAUUUCCCAUCCGCUUAGAAGGAUUAGUUCUAACUCAUCAACAAUUCAGCAGUUAUGAACCAGAACUGUUUCCUGGGCUUAUCUACAGGAUGGUCAAACCAAGAAUUGUACUGCUUAUUUUUGUGUCUGGAAAAGUUGUUUUAACUGGUGCCAAAGACCGUUCUGAAAUAUAUGAAGCAUUUGAAAACAUAUAUCCAAUUUUAAAAGGUUUCAAGAAAAUCACUUAAGUUAUUUUUUUGAAAAAUUGUAAAGAAUAAAAAAGUGUGUAUAUAUAGCAAAUGUUCUAGUAUUUCAAACCUAUACACAGUAAUUGAUGGACAUAGCUUCUUGCCUUAAUUUUGUCUCAUUUAAUGUUCAUCACAUAUUUGUAAAUAUACCUUAGAAAAAAAUUGAAUGUUAGUAUUCAAAUACAUGAAUUCAGUAGCAUACUGAAAAUUAUUUAAAUUGAAUUCAGUGUGGAGUAACCUCCAUGUAAUUAUUUUGCAUAAAAUAAACUAAAAUAUAAAGUAAUGAUUUAGUGCUAAAUAAAUAUGUAAUUGCCUAAGAGCGAUUGAUUGUAAGCUGCCUAGAGUGGUUUAUUUGGCUUUGAUUUCAAUAAAUCUUAAUGAGAUCAUCACUUACCAUGUGUAAAUCAGGACAUUUAAUUAUGCAGGUAGUCCUCAACCUACAACCACAACUGAGCCCAAAAUUUAUGUUUCUAAGUGAGAAAUUUGUUAAGUGAGU